CAAUUCUCUCUCACAGAGCAUUCCUUGUUUAUAAAAUCUCUUCUCUUUCUCUCUCUUCGAACCAGAGAAAGGAUCUUCGCUUUCCGACAAAUGGCGGCUACUACUACACUGUACAAGUCUUCUUCAUGUCUCAAGUCCGGUUCCACCACCAGUCGCCUAAACCCAUCUUCUCUCGUCAAGCCCUGUCCGAAUCCGACCAGAGUUUCGGUUCUGGGGAAGAGUCGGAGACAUGUGGUUACGAAAGCUUCGAUCGAAAUGUCGCAAUCGAACUCGACACCUUCUUCGGUUGUUGUUGUCAAUUCAUCAAGUAAGCAGCAAAAGGGUCCCAUCAUCGUGAUUGAUAACUACGACAGCUUCACCUACAAUCUCUGCCAGUAUAUGGGAGAGCUAGGAUGCCAUUUUGAGGUUUACCGCAAUGAUGAACUUACCGUAGAGGAGCUGAAAAGCAAAAAUCCAAGAGGGGUUCUGAUUUCUCCUGGGCCUGGAACCCCACAAGACUCUGGGAUUUCCUUACAAACUGUUUUGGAACUCGGUCCACAUGUUCCUUUGUUUGGAGUAUGUAUGGGUUUGCAGUGUAUAGGAGAAGCAUUUGGAGGAAAGAUCGUGCGGUCACCAUAUGGUGUAAUGCAUGGGAAAAGCUCCAUGGUUCACUAUGAUGAGAAAGGAGAAGAUGGCUUGUUCUCUGGAUUAUCCAACCCUUUCCUUGUAGGUAGAUAUCACAGUCUCGUGAUCGAAAAAGAUACGUUUCCUAGUGAUGAACUAGAGGUUACUGCGUGGACAGAAGAUGGUUUGGUUAUGGCAGCCCGACACAGGAAGCACAAGCAUAUACAGGGAGUUCAGUUCCAUCCGGAGAGUAUUAUAACAACUGAAGGAAAGACAAUUGUCCGCAACUUCAUCAAACUUGUAGAGAAGAAAGAGGCUGAGAAGUUGACUUGAGGGAUUUCCUCAGUCAGAAAACAUGAAGUUGUGUUCCUGUAAUAAAGUUUGCCAGUGCAAAAUGUUCCUUGUCAUCUUCACAUUAUUUCUAUCAUAGAGUUUCGAUUGAUGCAACUUCUUUAGCAAAAUUUGUAUUACAAUAGUUAAGUUGAACACAUGGAUUAAGACUACUGUGUAUUGAAGUCCACUAUCUACAAUGUUCAUUUAAGAUGUGGCGAGUCCUUUAGAUGUUUGGGGAUUACAUCA